UGUCGGUCGGUCCGUCGCGUGCGGUCACAAAAGUCGACGGCCGGGGAUUCCGGUUGCGUGAGCUUCGAAGUCGGCACUCGCCAUCGGAGCAGCUGGUGGGAUUGCUCGCGGCUUUCUGCUCAUGGAAGGAGAAGAAGAGCAGAAGCCGGCGGCGACGAAGCGGAGGAAACCGAGAUCGGGAGCGCCUUCUUCCGCCCCGAUCAACAAUCUCGAUGACGGGUGCCUCAUGCACAUCUUCAGCUUCCUUUCUCCUAUUCCAGAUCGUUAUAACACCGCCCUCGUUUGCCACAGAUGGUGUUACCUGGCAUGUCACCCUCGGCUGUGGCUACGAGUAGACCGGUCUGUAAAGGAUUCAUCAGAGCCAGGAGUUUUCCCCAAUAUUGAGUUGGCUGUCUCUGCUGCAAGACCUGGAGAUACUAUUCUGAUUGCAGCAGGGGGAAGUCAUGUUGCCUCUAAUAUUCAGAUAAAGAAACCACUUUGCCUGAUUGGUGGAGGUGAACUUCCAGACGAGACAAUGCUUCUCUGUUCACGAGGUUCAGACAGUGCCCUGGAGUUCCUUUCCACCUGCAAACUGUCGAAUCUAACUGUGAAAGCGGAGCUUGGAUGCUGUCUGCUUCAUAGGAGCGGAAGGCUGAUUAUCGACGGUUGUAUUCUCCAAUGCGAGACAGACCCUUUAGACUACCUCUCGUGCCCAAUUGUGAGCACAGCUACAGGCAGCAAGGUCGUUUCCUCUCCUAAUGGGUGUCAUGGCGAUGGUGUUUCGGUCUCUCGAACACGAAUCGAAGGUGGUGCCAAAGCCGUAUUGACUAGUGGGGACCUGGCAUUGCAGCGUGUUCGGGUUAUAUGCGCUCGUACUUCUAUGUUCUUCUGGUUCGACGUCGAGUGUCCCUCUUGACUCGAUAUCUUUGUGCUGUUGUCUGUAGUAUAUAUCAGUACCAGUUAGUUUUACUUUUUAAAGAUGUUAAUGAAUAUUGCUGUGAUGGUGUGGAUACUGUGGAAUUUUCAUCGUAUCCUGUCAUCCAAAUCCUUAUUUUCUUUUGAGAUAAUUAACAAAUAAUCCAUGAACUUUAAUCUAGCA